AUGGAUCAUGUGAUUGGUGGGAAGUUUAAACUAGGAAGGAAAAUUGGGAGUGGCUCUUUUGGAGAGCUCUAUUUAGCACUUAAUAUACAAAGUGGAGAGGAGGUGGCUGUUAAGCUGGAAUCUGUGAAGACCAGGCGUCCACAGCUUCACUAUGAGUCGAAAUUGUAUAUGCUUCUUCAAGGAGGAACGGGUAUUCUCCACCUCAAAUGGUUUGGUGUUGAGGGAGAGUACAAUGUCAUGGUUAUCGAUCUUCUUGGACCAAGUCUGGAAGACUUAUUCAAUUAUUGUAACCGGAAAUUUACAUUGAAAUCAGUGUUGAUGCUUGCUGAUCAAUUAAUUAAUAGAGUUGAAUACAUGCAUUCACGAGGCUUUCUUCACCGCGACAUAAAGCCAGACAAUUUUCUGAUGGGCCUCGGACGUAAAGCAAAUCAAGUGUACGCUAUUGACUACGGCCUUGCGAAAAAAUAUAGGGAUCUUCAGACUCACAGGCACAUACCAUACAGGGAAAACAAGAACCUUACCGGCACAGCACGCUAUGCAAGUGUCAACACUCAUCUUGGAAUCGAACAAAGCAGAAGGGAUGAUCUGGAAUCUCUUGGUUAUGUGCUCAUGUAUUUCUUAAGAGGAAGUCUUCCCUGGCAGGGACUGAAGGCUGGAAACAAAAAAACAAAAAUACGAUAA